CAUUUUAACCCAAAGGUGAAUGAAUACCAUGAAAAAUCUAUUGUAUGUAAAAACAAAAUAAGGAAAAUAUAAAUAACCACACGAAGCAGUCUCCCCCUCCCUUGACAAUAUGGGAGGGUGUAUAGGGGCUCAUAGAGAUAAUGGACCCCCAUCGGGCGAAUCUUCCGACAUGACAGUUUCCAUUGGUCGAAAUCAGCCUCUAAAACCAGAGAAACCUAAAUGGAAGAGUGAUGUUGCAUUGACUGAUGGCCAACUGAGAAGUAAGAGAGAUGAAUUUUGGGAUACAGCACCAGCUUUUGAAGGCAGAAAAGAAAUUUGGGAUGCACUGAAAGCAGCAGCAUAUGCUCUGGAAACCGGAGAUCAUGCUAUGGCUCAAGCUAUAGUAGAUGGGGCCAACAUAUCAUUACCACACGGUACAUUAAUGGAUUGUUAUGAUGAGUUAGGUAAUCGUUAUCAGCUGCCUGUUUAUGUGUUAAGUGCUCCAACAAAUCUGAUAGAUGAAAUGAGUGAAAGUGACACUGGACAGGAGACUGAUGCCAAUUCCUCACCAGGAGUAGAAAUACCCUUAAAAUUCAGACUUUCUAACACAAACAAAGAUUUAAAACUUUAUGUGCGGACAACUGAUACUGUGUUGAAAAUCAAAAAAAGGAUUUUUGAAGAAGAAGGAAUCGAAAUGAUUAAACAAAGAUGGUACUUUGCCGGAAAGCUACUGAACGAUAAGUUACGUUUGGAAGAUGCCAAGAUUCCCAAAGGAAAUGUUGUUCAAGUGAUAGUGACUCAAGCCGAAGCUUCAAGCUGAAAUGUGAUAAAAUUUAUUUAUUUAUUCCUUAACCAGUGUCUUUUCCUCCCUUCAAUUUUUUCAAAUAUUCAUGUUGUCAAUAAAUGUCUCAUUGAAAGAAUUGGUAUUAGCUGUAUGAAAUGCAGUAGUUGAUUCUUCACAAUGGGAAGUUGAUUUCCAAUAUGGGAAUUCUGCUCAUUGAACUUUUGAUCAUGAAAUACAUGCUGAUGUCAUUCCAUAAAGCAGGUUCUCAGGACUGAAAAAAAUUGAAUCAGCAUAGGAUUCAUGUUUAUGCUCUAUUAAGAUACAGCUAGAGUUUGUUUGUGUGAAGCCUAUCUGCAUUUGGGUAAAAGUCAGCUGUGACUUGGUGAUCAAGUUGUAUUAAGCAUUGUGCUGCUAAACUGCAUGUAAGAACUGCUACCAAUUCGGUUGUUUUCCCCCAUUAAGUUCACAUUCAUAUAACAAGUAAAGAAGUAAAAGUGACUCAACUAAACUUGUGUUUUUCUUUUCUGGUACUCUGGUCCUCCAUCUGCUGAAGUACCCUGCACAAAAUUGAAUUAUUGACUUAAAGAAUGUGCUGUAUAAUGUAUGUUAGUCCCGAAAUUACCUGUUGUAUUUAGUGUAAGUUUAUAAACCCAAUACCCUUCCUUCCUUUUUACCAGUACUCUUGAGAUGCAAUACUACAUGGCCAUAGCAUUAAAAGUCUUCUAGGCACUGUAAAGACCUUUAGUUUGUUUAUUGUAAGAAUAGAUACUGUGCAGUGAUUAUAUUGUGUUUAAUAUACAGUGGACUCUGUCACAUCCGACGUCGUACGGGAUCGUUACAAUAAUUCGGAUCACACAGUGUUUCGGAAUACCGAGUUUUCUCCCAAACCGGAAAUACUGUAACUUCGAAAACCGGGAGUAUUUUUAUAUUGUAGCUUCGAAUCACCAGAAUGAUAUUCCCUUCAUAAAUGAUAAACAUUUAUUAUAUUAAAUAAUUAACAAUAACAAUGCAUGCGUACAAUAUAUUCAUAAAAUCGUUUACAUGUAAUAUCAAUGCAUGCGUACAAUAUAUUUAUAAAUAUCAAUGCAUGUAAUCGUUUAAAGUAGUUUGCUUAAGAUUACCGAAAGCAUAUCGUAAGGCGGAGUCCUGGGCAACAUCUUCUAACAAAUGAAUUGUUGCGAUCAUCUUUUCGUCCUUAAUCUGUGCGAAGUGUUUAAUGUCGUUGAGCAUGCGUAGGAAUUUUGAAUAGGUCAAGUCUGUCGUUAAUGUAUAUUCUUCAUCGUCCCCGUCUUCAGCCAAUUGUCCACUCUGUUACGUGUUCAUUUAUAAUCUGUCGUUCUAUGUCCAGUUUUUCAAGCCAAUCAAAGUAAAUGGCACCUGUCAUCCAAGCUUUGCGAUUGGCCGACCAAUUGACUGGCAGGUUGAUCUUGUCCACUCCCCUAAAACAUCUCGGGUUAACUGCUUUACCGAUCAAAGUAAUCAACACACCGAUAAUCUCACCGAUAAUUGAUUGGUGAUUACUUGUUAAUCUUUUCUGGCUUCACACCCAUUGAGUUUUAAUCUCACCAAUAAUUGGAUGCUUCACACCCACCGUUUCAAGUAUGGAUUAUACGGUGUCGAUUCAAUGGAAAUUAUGUGACGGGACGGCUGAUUGAUUUCGGAAUCCGGAACAUACUGAAUUCGGAUUUACCAGCGAUUUUUUGGCUGAAGUAAUAAGGAAAUAAAUCGGGACAUGAAAAUCAUACCGGAUGUCACAGCAAUCCGGAGUGAUCAGAGAUCGGAUGUGACAAAGUCCACUGUAGUCUACUUAAUCAAGUACAUAAUAUAAUUUGAUGGAUGCAUUGCAAUCAUCUUGAAAAUCCUAAAAUAUCUAAAAUUAAAGAUAUACAGUUCUGUUAUGCGAACAGAUUAUUAUAAAAUGAACAUAUUAUAUGCAUGAUUCUUGAAUAUUGGCUUUUCUUACAUUGAAAAAUAAAAAAAAAUGACAUAUCUAUACAGUGUGGGAUGUUUUUUUAGUGUGAGGUUUUGAGAUCAUUAAAUUAAGGGCUGUACACACUAUAGACUACAGUUUUUUUACAUGGAGUUUAGCUUACAAAUUCCUAAAUGCCUUUACUCAGGUGAUUUCUAAGGAUAUUUUGAAUAUGUUAUUACAUUUAAUUCCUGGAUGAAAGUGAUAACAGCUCUUUAAGAUCAAAAGCCAAACAUCACUCAUUUUGUUAAUAAAGUACAAAUUGAUUGCUGAACAAUGUAAGCCGUUUGAAAAUAUUUAUGCUUGAUUAUACUUGUAAAUGCACAAAUAAAAAUUUCAGCCUAAGCUUCUCUUAUUAGCAUCUGUGUAAACACAAUUUUCAGAAGCUGUGUUAAAAUCCUGCAUGCAAAUUGUUAUAAUGUGAAUUUUUAUGACCAAUUAUUUUUGGCAAUUUGUAAAUUUCAUUCAAAAAUGCGUUUGUGUCCCUUAUGUACAUACAUGUAUUACUAUUAUUAUGGACCAAUUUUGUUCACUGUCAUUAAGUGCUCAAUGCUUAAAAUGGCUAUUGUGUGAACUUGAACAAUGUUUAUUGCUGUACCAUUCUUAUUCUCUAGCUUGUUAUUAUUGGAAGCCUCAAUCAAUCUCUAUAGUUUAGUUGAAACAAAAAAAAAUUUCAUCUGAUAUCAGUAAAUUAUUUCUGUUGGCCUAAUAUCAUUUUGUAAUUUUAUCAUAUGAUUGCUUUACAUGUAUUUAAAGAACAGAAAAAAUAUGCUGUAUUUAAAAUAUUUUUUUUUAAAAAAAAAAAAACUAUUAAUAAUGGAGACAUUAUACUUACAACAACAACAACAAUCCCACAUUCUACAAGCCUCUGGACAGAUCACUGAAUCAAAAAACAGUAUUUAAAUACACAUUGUAACAGACCUUGUUUUCUUUUAUAUGUGUAUGCUCGUUCCAAAGGAUCAGUUGAUCACAAGGCUCAAUCAUAGGCACAUAGAAUGUGGGAUUAAUAGCAUUUGAUAAUUUGUGUGUUCAUAUCUUUAUAGAUUUGGUUUAAACAACUUUAUAAAUAUAAUUAAUAUUGUGAUAUAUGUCUUUUUGUUCUCAGAAAUUAUUAUUCUGCUAAUGAUACACAUGUAAAUUGUUAUUAUUAAACCUUUGAAUAAAGGACCAAAUGUGCAAUUAAAAUGGUACAUUUUACAUUUGAAUUAGAAAGGGUGUUCUUUCAAUCAAGUUUAAAGAUCAAAAUACAAAGUUAGCUGUUUUCAAUAGAGGCAACAAUAGCUGUUUAAUGAACAUGGCUCAAGAGUGCUACAUAAUAUAAACACUAAAAUCUAUUUAUGAACUAUUACAUAGGAUGGUAGUUAUUGUGUGAGUCUUGCCAUUUGGGAACAGAUCCGGCAGUUUGUAUCAAUACCAAUAGUUGUAUUUAUAUUCACUUCAGAUAUUUUACCUAAUAGUAAGUGCUUUGAUAGUUAGUGCUCUGACAAUUUGACCAACAAUAGAUAGAAAAGCUCACAGAAAAAAAAAGUUAUUUCUCAUGUAUUCCAAGCUAAAUUUAGCCAAUUUCCCCAAGAGCUAACUUUCAGUACAGAUGAAAAAGCAUUAAUUAUUAAGUUACAUCAAAACUCAAAAUAUGAAUAUAAAAACAGUUUUUGGUCAAUAAAGAUCACCAGAUAUAUAGUUUACGAGUAUUUAUCGAUUUUCGAAAUCCAAAAAGCUGUAGCUCAAAAAAUUAGAUAACAGUUUUGUUUCAUUUAUUUUCUUUUUUCUGAUUUUUAUAUGCCCACAUUGAAAUGUGUGGUUGUAUGUUGUAGUUACUCCAGCCAGUUGGUGUUUGCAAUUACUUGUGGGCGCUGUAGAGCAGGGAUGACCAACCCCGCCGCAUGCUCCAAAUGUUUAGCAUACCGGGGUAAGUGGUGCAUUGCAUCCCUGUGAUAAUAACGUAAGACAGUAAGCCUCCUCUUUAUUUUAGCGAUUUUAUUAUUUUGUGGACGUCCUUUUUAAAUAUCGUUUUUAUAUUUAAUAUAUUUAUCAUGUAAAAAUGCUUAUUAUGUCCAUAAACAUUUAUUUACAUGUAUUUAUACAAAGUUGACAGGAGUACAAGACUUGUAUGGCACAUCUGAAUUUGUGUGUAAACAAAUUGGCACAUGGUAUGUUAAAGGUCAGUCACCCCUGCUCAUAGAGGCUAAUGUUAUCACUGACUUUAAAUUUCUGAUCAGUACUGUCAGAGUUGCCCUUAAUCAAUUUUGAAAAUCUUGACUUGAAAUUUAUACACAGUUUUUAUAUUCAUUGAGUUAUUUAUUUUCAACGAUUUCCAAUAACUGCUGUCUGAGUUAUGGGCCCUUCAUCAAUUUGAAAUAUCUGGUGGACAAGGGACUAAAGUUGUUAUUUGAUUAACUUGUAAUAUAUACAGUUUUCAUGAAAUGAAGAAGCCUAUAAAUGAGUUCUUAUAUAACUCUUAACGGCUAAAGUUGUCAUCUGAUCAACGGUACAGUUUAAUAUACUCCACAUUGGACCUUAAAAUUUAAUAAUUCACCACAAAAUGAAGCCCUCUAUUUCAGCAUUGGCAAUACGAUUGGGCAAUAGGUCCAUGUGACAUGAACACCAUACCAAAUUGUGAAUGUAGUACAACAUGAAUAAUAACCUGAAACAUAACUGAUAUCUGAUCUUAAUGAGAUUGGGAUGAUUUAAUAUGAAUAUCGAGCAACACAAUGUUAUAUAUGUCUGUUAGUUAAAGAUUAAUCUAUAUAUGAAGUGUAAGAUAACAUCCCUUGUAACAUGUCAUACAUCAUGUAUCUUUAAAUAAAUUGUCUGUUUGACACUGUAAAUAUUUUGAUUUUAUUCCAGAAACAAAUGUUAAACACUGUAUAUUUUUACUAUUAUUAUAAUUAUGUAUCAUGCUACAUCUUUUGUUCAUCAUGUUACUAAUCCUUUUUCUUGUGCAUUAUGCCAUCUUGAUCAUAGUGUUCAAUAGAAACAUUUCCCCAUCAUCACUCUUACCAUUGCAUGUUGCAUCCAAGGUUUUGAUUACAUACAUUUGACUAUGAGCAUAUAGGAGUAACAAAUAUUUUGAUGUUAGUAGCGUUAGAUUGAUCAGAAAGUAUCUAUAUGUGAUUUUGUUAUAUCCUCACAUUUGUUAACAAAUCCAUACAUAUUUUUAACUUAGUUUAAUCUUAUAGCCAUGAUUAACAUUGGCAUGUACGAAGGGAGGUGUGUAUGUGGAGGUGGGGGGGGCAGCAUCAGAAAUAAUUUAAAGGCAGGGCAUCCAAUCAAAGGUGAAAUUUAUAAUAAAAAAUUUUUUAUUAUUUGAAAUUAUCGAUGUCAACUUUGUUAUACAAGCUUCCCUUCCCUACAUAAUUUGAAAAAAAGGAUAUCUCAUAUGUUUUUACAUAAUUAAAAAGUCACCAAACCUCUGCAUGCCACUGAUGAUGGACUCUUUAUUUACAAAAACAGUAUUGUCUUUUUUGGAAGAUAACAAAAUAUUUGUUUGCUACAUCAACUCACGUCAGAUGUUAUGUAUCAUCAACAUUAGUGAAAUGAAUUUGACUUCUGACUUGUCCAGUGUUGACAGGUAUAUAUUUUACAUGUUAUCAUAUCUUUUCUGCUGGAAAAAAUGCUGAUUGAAGUUCUCAUCAUCUUAAAUAAAUCUUUUACAUGCACACUGUACCUCUGAUAAAAUGUACUUAAUUUUAUGUAAGCUUAUUUGUUGCCUUUUGUUGUUUUCUAUUCAAUAUAGCUUGUUAUAUCUAUCUCAGAUCACUCCUUUUAUAUAAAAAGGAUUUUAUGAUUUUAAAUGUCUGACAUAUGUAAUAUGUAAUAUAAAAUGACUCAUUUAUAUAUAAUAUGAAGAAUAUAAAAACAUUAAGAAAAAAUGUUCAAUGUUUGUGUGAUAAAAUUUAUGCUUGUGUCAUUUGACACUCUCUCCAAAUUUUUGAUAUGAAAUAGCUGAUGGAGUAUUGUUUAAUGAAAUCUGGUUGCACCAGGAGGUAACAAAUGCACCACAGUAAUUGAGUGUUUUGUGGUUACUCAAUUUUUACCUAAGGGGGGGUAAAUGUCAUGACAUAUCUGUGAAUUACGGUUGUACAAAAUAUUAUAAGGCACAAAAAGGUAACUAGUAUUGAGCCAAAUGUCAGAAUUUUAGCAGAUUACAUAACUUUACCCUUAUGAUAAAGGAAGCUAAUAAGACAGUUCUAUAAUUUCAUGUAAA